GGGGCGGAGUCUGCAGCGUUCAAAACACAGCUUGUCCCCAAUUCUUCCUGAUCUCUGCUUCCUGCCUCUUUUGCGCUCUUUUUUUAUUUUCGCAUUCUUUUAUUUUUUAUCAUCUGCUUUGUGGAAUUUUAUUGCGCUUUUACUCUUUGUUUUACUUUUGUUAUUAUAAAGAUAUAAUGCGUCUGCUCUCCGAGAUACAUUUUGUUCCGAGAUUGUUUUUCCGAACAGAUCCAUCCUACUGUUGACUGCUGGUUUGUUGUCUUCGGUGAAUAUGGUUUGAUUAAAAAAUACCGUAUAAAUGCAACCGCCGUCUAAGACACUGCCUGCUUCUGAAAUCAAAGAGGUGUGUGAGCGCUGGGUCCAGGCUGGCCUGUGCUGUGGAGGGAAUGAAGAACCCGGUAGCUGCAGAGAGCCGCCGGCUGCUCGGCCUGCUGGAGGCUGCUCUGCUCAGAGAGGCUCGUCUGUGGAAGGUCCCGCUCUUCAAAAAUGGAUGCAUUCAGGGUGCUGACAUCUCCUUGUCCCAACACCAGCAAAUGAUCGUUUGGAUUGGAGAAAUGAACCGGCUGUUUCAGUUCUGUCCAGAAACUUUUGCGUUGGGAGUGUGUGUCCUUAACCGCCUGCUGUCCACUGUCAAGGCUCAGAGAAAAUACCUAAAAUGCAUCGCUUUUACCUCCCUGGUCCUGGCAGCCAAAAUCAACGAGGAAGACGAGGUUAUUGGUUCUGUUAAAGACCUGGUGGUGCGGAGUGGAUGCAACUUUUCAACAGCAGAGAUUCUUCGUAUGGAGCGGAUCAUUCUGGACAAGCUGCACUGGGAUCUGUACACGGCAACACCGGUCGACUUCAUUCACAUCUUCCAUGCCCUUCUCAUCUCGGGCCAUCCCCACCUGGCUCCGUCCUUUAGUCUCGGUUCCAGCAUGGACCCCGGGGCGAUUGCUGGUGCAAUCCCUGUGAAGCCUGGGCAUCAGAAGACGCCCCCCUCAGGCUUCCAGGCGGCGUUGUGGACCAGGCAGGUGCAGCACUGUAUGGCCUGCCACCAGCUCUGGCAGUUCAAGGGCUCCACGCUGGCCUUGGCCAUCAUCACUUUGGAGCUGGAGGCGCUCACUCCGGACUGGUUCUCUGUCUUCACCGACCUACUGAAAAAAGCGCAGGUUGACAGUGCCGAGUUCAUCCACUGCAAAGAGAUUGUAGACGAGUUUCUACACAGCAUGGAGUUCUCCCUGCCCGCCAACGCUGUGUACAUCCUGGACAGCUCCCAGAUCCAGGAGAAGCAGCAGCAGCUCUGGAGCCCCUCGCAGCGCCACAUGGCGGCCAGAAGGGGGCGUGGCGCCAGAGAGCAAAGGGAAUUGGAUGACUACUAUGACGGUUUCAGGCGUUUGUAUAACGAGGAGAGCGAAAUAGAGGAAAUGUUUGAAAUUGAGCAGAAAGGUGUGUCUCCCUGCCCGCCACUGCACCCUGCUGGCAACUAGCAGGAUGUCAAUCCAGCUUUUACAGGCUUUGUGAUUCCAGGUUACUGAUUUACAAGCUAGUUAUUUAGUUUUAGCUCCUCUUCUGCUUUUCUCUUCAGCCACAUUGAAUGUGGAUUUGGGUACCAGCUAACUCUUAUUUUGCUGUGACAUUUGGGGGAACUGAGGAGGAUUUAAUAAGCUUAACUGUAAAGAAACAUAAAUGUUUCUCUUCAGAGAGGUUUGGUUUUGCAUAUCAGCCGAACUGUUUCAAUACGUUAGAUGAAAGGAGUUUUAUUUUCAGUUUUGUCUUAAUCCUGGUUUAGGAUUUUAAUGUGAGGCAUCUUGGUGCUCAGGUUUCUCUCCAGAGCCACAAAGCACUUUAAGAUAAAGUUAAGCUUUUUACAAAUAUAUUUUUCCAGCCUUUGUUUUUUUUUAUGUGUAUAUAUAAAACUUACUUGUACUUAACAUGUUUUAUUUACCUUAUUUACAAACGCAACCUUUUACACAUAUAAGCUUUCCUUUGUUUUACUAAAUUAUGCAAAUGUUUUUAGUAUUUUAUGCUGCAACAUGUAUUUCCUUCAUGCAACUGUCAUUACAUAUCAAAUAUGAGCACCUUUUGGGAGAUUAGUUCAACACUAGAUUGACAAAAGGCGAUUAAUCUUAUGGUAUUUUGUAAGUGCAUUCAGUGUGAGAGCACAAGUAAUGCGUGACUGAAGUUCGGGAUCAAGGUGACAUGUUUUGAUUUAAUCAGGCAGAGAUUAGCCAGUGCCAUGAGCUUUACUUUAUCAAAGUAUUUUGAAAAAUGUGGCCAUUUGAACAACAUUUUAUGUUGUUUCUGAAUGGACAUUGUGUCUCCUCUGCCAAAGCUCUGAAGCUCAAAGACACUGAAUACUCAGCAAUAAUGUCUGCAAUGUGAACUAAUUUCUGUUUUCUAAACCUUAAAGAUGUUUCACAUUUUUAUUUGUGUGCUAAGGCAGCUAUAUCAUAUGUUUGGUUUUUUUUUACCACAAAUAAACUACAACUUUAAAAAUUUUGAAGGGUCAAAUGUUUGGUUUGUCAAUCUCAAAGAAUAGAAGUGGGUUGAAGAAAGUGCUUACUUGCCAACACCGUUGUAUAAAUCUGAAGAAAAUCAAACUCAAUUGAUUUCUCCCAGCCUUUGUUCAGGAAUGGAAUGGUCAUAUUUAAGGUAUUGUAACAAAUAGUACAGUUAUGGUGUAAUUUAUGGUUAAUAUUUAGUCAGUUUCUUAAUACUUAAGAGUUUGGGAACUCCUCAGUGGGGGAAUUUCACUUCAUUUUUCUAUAAAUAUGUUCCCAUUCUAAACUGGAGUUUUUGUCUUGAGCAAAUUGAAAUAAAAAUGUUAGCUUCUAUGCCACGAGACAAGAGUAACACAGUGGAUUCCAAAUAUUAGCUUUUUCCAAGUUCCCAUUUAAGCUGGCAUUAUAACUGCAGUACAGCUGGCUGCCACAGGAAGUUAAAAUAGCAGGUUAAGAGUAGUGAUUUUUGCAUGAAUGACACCUUUUAUCUUAAACAAUUGCAAAUGUAUUAUUGUCUUUAUCUAAUGGGAUUCUAAUGCCAAAGCUUAAUGCUCUUCAGAAUUUUUAAAUAGUUUAGAAUUGAAGAUAUUUAAUUUCAGGACUGACCAGUUUAAGUAAAUUAAACCUUCAAACUGGAGAUGAGCAAAAACUGUCAAACAGUCCUUUACAGCAGAAUAGGACUGUAGAAAUCAGAAGUCUGUGUACAGCCAUGUUAAAUUACAAUACUCAGUAAUAACACUAGUGGCUGCACUAUCACAUAGACAUGCAGUAAGUGAUAAACUAUUUAAGGCCAAACCUCAUUUGUUUUUUUCUUUUUGCUCCUUUUUAUAGACUGAAUGCUGCUUUAAAAGUUAUUGGAUUGAUUAUGAACUGUUUUUUUAGCCACCACCCCCUGUGUGUUAUAUCAUAAAAUAAAAUCAAAAAAGUUCUUAUAAUUCCCUUUACAAUAAGAAAGUUUAAAAAACUGUCUUUUACAGAGUAUUCAGAAAGUUUAAUAUCUUCUUAAGGUAUUUUAUCAAGCUAAUUGCGGUCUGAAACAUUGUGGAAUCACGAGGAUGUGGCUUCACCUGGGAUUAACUUUCCAUUUUGCAGCAAACCAUGAAACGCGUUACGGCAGCAGAAAGCUGCAGCUGCUGUAGAACGUCAGUGAUUAUCACUCAGCUUUGUUAGCACAGUGUCCUGGUGCUUUAAAGGACACGACAUAGAGCUGUGAACAUAUUGUGCUGCUGGAAGAAAUCCAGUCAGCCCUGCAGGUGGUGCACAGAAUAAUAAUAGACUUGGCAAGAGAUUCACAUAAACAGAGAAUCUGUAUUACUGUGGUGUGACUUCCUCAGUCCGUUUUAAAGAAUUACUGAAGUACUCCAGGUAGAGACAGAGAAUGGAUCAAAGAUAUCCCAAAGAGUUUCUAAAUCUGAAAAAGAUCUUUGCACAAAAUCAAGCAUUUAAAAAUUUGUUUCACAGAUCAUGCUGUUAAAAGGAAAAGCUAGGCACAUUUUUAUUCCUAAUGUGAGAGGAUCUUGAAACUGCAGAUAGUUUUGCAAUCAAUGAGACAAAUGGUGGUGGAAGCACCAUGCCAAAAAGCACAAGGAAACUGGGCAGGGUUUAAGGGAACACAGAAAGUUUCUGAAGGAAAAACCUUCUAGUCUUAAAAUGGGGUAAAGGUUCACCAUUUAGGAGGACAAAGUCCUUAAAUAUACCACUAGAGCAACAAGGGACCAGUUUGUUCAAAGCACAUUAAUGUGCUAAAAGGGUCCAGUUAAAGUCCAAGCUAAAAUGUAAACGAAUCUGUGGCAAGAUCUUAAAAUUGAUGUUCACAGAAUGAGCUGGUUCUACUUUGCAAAGAAAGGGCAAAAGUGUCAUUCUUUAGAUGUGCAACGCUGAGAGAUGGUUUUACAAAUUAUUAUCUGAAUACCAUGCCAUGUAUUUUAGACUUAUCUGAAAAAACUAUUAUAAAUAUAGAACAUACAGUGAAAUAAAUGACAAAAUGCUUCAGUUUUUCAAGGCUCUGUACUUCUCCUUUUUGCUACUGCACUCCACCUUUAGCAAACAGAGAAACCACACAGUGUAGCAACACAGUGUUGAGUUAGAAAAAGCAACACGCUGAGCAAACAUCAUGCAGCUGCUUCAGUUCCAAAUCGCCUCCAUCUGACAGCUGUUUUGGUUGCAGACGCGAUGAAUGCGUCUUUACCUGCCCAUGUUUCACCACCUUCCUCAUCUCCCAGGAGUAAAUGCAGACAAACAAAUCAGAGCACAGAGAGGCUUCACAUUUCGGAGGGAGGGUUUGCAUUUAUUUGCAUCAACAGACAGUAAAUACAGCUGCUCUCUUCUCCAUGUCUGAGCGUAAACUCUCCUACAGCGAGUUGAGGCUUAAAUGUUUACUGGCUUCAUAGUCGUGAUUCCACUGGCGUAACAAAACGAUCACGCAAGGUUUACAAUAGUUAAGUCACUCACAAAUAAUGUACACACUUUAAUGGGCUUCUUGCAUCAUAUUCAUUAAUCAUAUUAAAAACUAGUACAUAUUUGCAUAUUACUGGAAGCUUGGAAAGCUCAAGAAAAUAUUCACAUACAUUAACUGACUUACAGCACUAGAAUAUUGCAUAGGUUUUAAGACGUAGGACUACAUGUUAAGUUGUCAGUACCUCUAAGUGCAGGUACUCAGUUAUUGCUUGACACGCUAAGAUUUUAAUGUAUUAUUCACUAAUGAGGGACUGAUUAUACUAAACUAAUUCCUCAGGGUUACAAAAAGACAAAUUACCUCUGAAUAUUUUAAAUGGGUCAUACAUUUUCUAAAAAGUUGAGGACCUUUUAAUCUUUGAUUUGAACAUCAGGCCUAUAAAAACUGGGUGCCCCUUAUAUUUUAUAUUUUCUUUAAAUACAUAUUUUGCCCAUAUUUCCAAAAUUGUAGUACCACGAAAUGACAAUGCUUGACAAGAUUUAAUCAGUUUGGGUGGCUAAUGAGGAAAGAAAAGAUACAGAAAUAUUUAAAACAACAAAAAAAAUUAAAAUAAACAAAUAUAUUUAUUUAAAAAAUGUCCAACAAUCACAUAGAAAGAUCCUGAAUCAAUGAGAUGGCCACUGAUGGACGUGAAUAUUUCUCUCUCUCACCAUCUUUCACUCUUUUUCUCUCCUGUGGCUUCACCAUCAUCAUCAUCCUCAGUGUCUUAGGUCCAUGUGCACAAUGUCAAGAUGGAAUGUCAAAACAAGACAAAGAAAAACAAA